AUGAAGACCAUCUUCCUUCGAUUGACGGCGACUCUCUUCUCCAUCGUGGUCUGCCUCCUACCUCCUUCGCAGGCUGCAAGACUUCCUCCGCACGACGGUAUAGGACCUCAGCUGACACCCGACCUCCAGCGUUCCCCUUCCGCCGGGCUGCUCGAGCAAAGCUACGCCAAACCCUGUCUCGAACCCACGCCACUGAUCAUCGAUUCCGAUGCGUACACGUCCCGCUGUAACGAAGGCAAGGGUCCCUGCUUCGAGCUCGUCGGAACCACCAUGCAGGCCAAGAUCGUCGAGCCAUGGCACGAGCCCCUCAACAUGACCGAGCACGUGAUUGUUGCGGACAGCAUUGCUCAUUCCUUUACGAUGCGAGAUCCCUCCGUUGCCUUCACGAUCACCUUUGACGUCGACAGCGCGCUACGUUUUCGGUAUAUGAAUUAUGAUGCUGCCGAUGGGUGCUACAAUGUCACGCUCAGCAGAUGGAAGUCGAAGCACAGGCUCAGCGUUGGUCAGAAGCCGGGCGAGAGGGAGCUCGAUACGCUCAACCACGAGGAGACGGGAAAGCGGUUCUGCACGGACAAGCUGCUUAUUACCGUGGAGGGUGUUGUGCUCGAGGAGCUUUGA